AUGGCAUACCGCAUCGGUGAGCACAGCUACACCGUAUCCGUCAGGCAUGGCUCACUCGAGCAGAGGAACCAGCAGUAUGGCACCGUCCGGCGCCUUCGAAAAUCGAGACGCCUCCCUCUGUCCAUCAUCAUCAUGGCGGUCGUCAUGGCGAUUGCAGCCUGUGCAGCUGAAAGGCAUGUCGGAGCGUGGUUGGCCGUGGUAGUGAGGUUGACAUGGGAGUGGGCGCCUCUCGUGCUGAAGUGGUUGGGCGAGGCGCUGCUAUGGCUCGUGGUCGCAAUCUGCUGGUUGGCGGCGGCGGUACUCAGGCAUGCAGGACAGCUGUCGGCAGCCGCACUCAAGCAUGCAGGAUCGUUGUCGGCCGUGGCGGCGACCGCGGUGAGCCACGCAUGGGCGUGGGCUCCUCCCGUGAUGACGUGGAUCAACCUGAAGCGGCAAGACGUGUGCGGCGACGACUCGUGCUGGGUGAAGGCCAUCCUGGCGUGCCUCGAUCUGCUAAGGGCUGGAGUCAUGAGCUUGCAUCAGGGCUGCGUCGUGUGGACACCGUCGUGCCCCAUGCUGACGACGGCAGCCGUGGUCUUCCUCGUGGGUGUGCUCUGUCAUCGGGUAUUGGGCCUCAUACGGGACGUCAUGCUUGGCGCGCAACUCCCAUGGGCCUCAAUGACCAUGAGUGGCACGAUCAUGUACCACGGAACAACUGCAAGCAGAGCGCGCUCGAUCGUCUCUAACGGCUUCCGCCCGUCGAGCAGUGGCAUGCUCGGGCCAGGGGUCUACGCGUCGCGGGACAUCAGAAAGGCUCGUCAGUACGGCGAUGGCACAAUGCUCACGUUGCGUGUCUCCAUCGGCAACGUCAGGGUGAUUCGCCGAGGGAGCGAGCGGGGCGGCCAGUGGCAAUCCACUUCGUCGUGGCGGGGAAAGUACGACAGCGCCUGGGUGAAGCCAGGAGUGCAGCCGAGCGGCGAGGAGCACUGCAUCCGAGACCCCAGGCGCAUAGCCAUCGUAGGUGUCCGACACUCAUCGUGA